CGAGAAAAUUGUUUAUUUAUAUCAUAUGAAAAUUUUCGUGUUACACUUAUACAAAAUUUCCCCCGUGCAACGCACGGGUGAAAUACUAAUUAUUUUGAAAAACCCAUAUACAUAUCUCAUUUGAGAAUUAAAGAAUAACACUAUUGGAUAAAGCUGGAAUACCCCAAGGUGAAGAUGAACUGGGCAGUGGCUAGACAAAAUGGGAAAUCAGCAGCAGGUUUUUUGUUGCGAGAUCAUUCCGGUGCGAUGGUAGCGGCGGAGGGCUUCCCUUUGAGCGGAUCGCCGGAGGGAGAUGAGGAGGUUUGUCUGAAGGCGAUUUGUUGGUCUCAGGCGUUUGGGUUUCCAGAUUUGGAGAUGGAUAUCUCCGAUUUACACAAAGUAGAGCUGGACAUUUUGAAAUUGGAUGGUUGGAACUUGUGUGUGAUUUCGGCCAAGUCCAAUAAAGCAGCCAUGGUUGUAGCUCAAUUGGGCCUUAUGGAGAGCUUCACUUGGAGAAUGGGCAUGCAGAUACCUACGAAGCUAUUGGGAGCAAUCACGAUGGACUUGCGGAUCGGGCCCUACAUUGAUUGAUUUAUUUUUUAUGAGUGAUUCAUCUGGCUGUGGGUUAAGGCUUGGUCCCCCCAUGUAUUUUUUUUUUAAUAAAAUAUGGUAGAUGUUCCCCGGCUUCUACCCCACUGAUUUUGGUGGUUUUCCUUCCGGGAUAAAAAAAAAAUAAUCUUUCAUAUAUUUGAGCAAUGUUACUGAAUAAUUUUUGUGCGUG